CUGAUCCAAUGUCAGGCGAUAGUGGUCGCCCUUUUGGCCGCAAUAUUUGCCAUUUUAGUCAAUAUACUCAAGGAUUGGGAGUUUCAAACCGAUCACUGUUUACUGAUUUGCGCCACGAGUCUCAUUACGGCGUCGGUCACCGGCUUUCUUCUCGCAUCUCUUAUGAUAGCAGUGAUAAUACUCGCCCGCAAAGCGGGUGUCAAUCCAGACAACUGCAGUACAUUAAUCGCAGCCUUUUUGGGCGACAUAUCGGCUGUCGUGAUGUUGUCCGGAACCGCUAAACUACUAUACAAUGUCCGUCACAUCCAAUGGAUUGCCCCCACAUUUAUAGUCAUUUUCUUAGCACUUCUUCCUUUCUUUAUAUUUAUCGCUAAGAAUAACGAAUACACCAGAGAUCUGAUCGACAGGGGAUGGUAUCCAAUCAUUAUAGCGAUGUUUAUCUCAAGUAUUGGUGGCUUUAUAUUUGAUUUUGCGGUCAGUAUUUUUGAAACCAUAGCCAUAUUCCAGCCCAUAAUCAAUGGCGUCGGCGCCAACUUAGUUGCCGUUCAGGCGAGCAGAAUCUCCACAUAUUUGCAUCAGAGGUGCGCUUUGGGCGAAAAGCCUCCCAUUAGUUGUAAAGUGAAUACAGAUAUUUGUCAAUUACCUCAUCAUGUAUUUAUGGGCUCAAAUACAAACGUGAGAACCGCUAGACUGUUGCUAAUA